ACUCUGUUUCUUUCUUUUUCUUUCUCAAAAGCACAACAAAUUUUCAAACUCUGUAUAGAAAAACCCAGUUCUCUAAUUCUCAUUCUUUAUAUUCAUCUCUAUACAAAGCAUUCAACUCAGUAUAGACCGUGUAAAAGGCCAUUGCUUUUGAGGAGGGCGUGGCGUCAAUGGUGAAUAUUUUAAAGAACAGCAUGUUAAUGUUUCUUCUGCUGUUGUUUGGUUCUUGGGUUUUUUCUUCUGUUACAGCUUCUGUAUCUUACGACCACAAAGCUAUUACGAUCAAUGGGCAGAGAAGGAUUCUUAUUUCUGGUUCGAUUCACUAUCCAAGGAGUACUCCUGAGAUGUGGCCGGACCUUAUACAGACGGCCAAAGAUGGAGGUUUGGAUGUCAUAGAAACCUAUGUUUUCUGGAAUGGGCAUGAACCUUCUCCUGGAAAUUAUUAUUUUGAGGAUAGAUAUAAUUUAGUCAAGUUCAUCAAGCUGAUACAACAAUCAGGACUGUAUGCUCAUCUUCGGAUAGGACCUUAUGUUUGUGCUGAGUGGAACUUCGGGGGAUUUCCUGUUUGGCUAAAAUAUGUUCCUGGUAUUGAAUUCAGAACCGACAAUGGCCCAUUUAAGGCUGCAAUGGAAAAGUUCACAGAAAAGAUUGUCAGCAUGAUGAAAUCAGAAAAGUUGUUUGAAACUCAGGGAGGCCCAAUAAUUCUUUCUCAGAUAGAAAAUGAGUAUGGACCAGUAGAAUGGGAAAUUGGCGCACCUGGUAAAGCUUAUACAAAAUGGGCAGCUGAAAUGGCUGUGGGUUUGGGCACUGGGGUCCCAUGGGUCAUGUGCAAGCAAGAAGAUGCCCCUGAUCCCAUUAUUAACACCUGCAAUGGAUUCUACUGUGAAAAUUUCAAACCAAACAAAGAUUACAAACCUAAAAUGUGGACAGAAAACUGGACUGGCUGGUACACAGAAUUUGGUGGUGCAGUUCCCCAUAGACCAGCAGAAGACUUAGCAUUUUCAGUUGCAAGGUUUAUACAGAAUGGUGGUUCAUUUGUAAACUAUUAUAUGUAUCAUGGAGGAACUAAUUUUGGCCGGACUUCUGGCGGUCUCUUCAUUGCUACUAGCUAUGAUUACGAUGCUCCUAUUGAUGAAUAUGGAUUACCAAGGAAUCCAAAGUGGGGACACUUGAGAGAUUUGCAUAAGGCCAUCAAGUUAUGUGAACCUGCUUUAGUUUCUGUAGAUCCCACAGUAACAUCUCUUGGGAGUAAUCAAGAGGCUCAUGUGUUCAAGUCAAAGUCAUCCUGUGCAGCCUUCUUGGCAAACUACGACACAAAGUAUUCUGUGAAAGUGACCUUUGGUAAUGGGCAAUAUGACCUGCCACCUUGGUCUAUCAGCAUUCUCCCUGACUGCAAAACUGCAGUUUUUAACACUGCAAGGGUUGGUGCUCAGAGCACACGAAUGAAGAUGACACCUGUUGGCGGAGCAUUUUCUUGGCAAUCAUACAUUGAAGAAGCUGGUUCUGCUUAUGCUGAUGAUACAACCACACUGGAUGGAUUGUGGGAGCAAAUAAAUAUCACGAGGGAUGCUACAGACUACUUGUGGUAUAUGACAGACGUCAAGAUAGAUCCCGAUGAAGGAUUUUUGAAAAGUGGAGAGGAUCCUCUCCUCACUAUUUUUUCAGCUGGGCAUUCUUUGCAAGUUUUCAUCAAUGGUGAACUAUCAGGUGAACUGAAAGUGAAAAGAGUAUUGCUAGUUAACAAGUUUCAAUGUCACUUUCGAUGUUCUGUCGUACUAACUUGUCAGUUUAUUCUUAUUGCAGGAACUGUAUAUGGUACCUUAAACAAUCCUAAGUUAACAUUUAGCCAGAAUGUAAAGUUGACAGCUGGGAUUAACAAGAUUUAUUUGUUAAGUGCUGCUGUGGGUCUACCGAACGUUGGCUUGCACUUCGAAAAAUGGAAUGCUGGAGUUCUAGGCCCAGUCACAUUGAAGGGUUUGAAUGAGGGGACAAGGGACUUAUCAGAGUGGAAAUGGUCUUACAAGAUUGGGCUGGAAGGUGAAGCAUUAAACCUUCAUACUGUUACUGGAAGUUCAUCUGUUGAAUGGACGGAAGGAACUCAAUUGGCUAAAACACGACCACUAACAUGGUACAAGACGACUUUUGAUGCACCAGAAGGCAAUGACCCCUUAGCUUUAGAUAUGAGUACUAUGGGAAAAGGUCAGAUAUGGAUAAAUGGUCGAAGUAUAGGACGCCACUGGCCUGGAUAUAUAGCUCGUGGUAGUUGUGGCGACUGUAACUACGCUGGAACUUUUGAUGAUAAGAAAUGCAGAAGUAAUUGUGGAGAGCCUUCCCAAAGAUGGUACCACAUUCCGCGCUCGUGGCUGAACCCAAGUGAGAAUCUAUUAGUUGUGUUUGAAGAAUGGGGUGGUGAUCCGAGUGGGAUUUCAUUGGUCAAAAGAAGUGCACGAAGUGUUUGUGCCGAUAUAUUUGAAGGACAGCCAGCAUUGAAGAACUGGCAGAUGAUAGCAUUGGGAAAAAUUGAUCACCCCCAAGCCAAAGCCCAUUUGUCGUGUCCGCAAGGGCAGAAGAUCUAUCACAUUAAGUUUGCCAGCUAUGGAUUGCCCCAGGGGACCUGUGGAAGUUUCCAACAAGGUAGCUGUCAUGCCCACAGGUCAUAUGAUGCUUUUGAAAAGACGUGUGUUGGAAAGCAAUCUUGUUCAGUAACUGUGACUUCAGAAGUUUUUGGAGGAGAUCCCUGUCCUGACAGUGGAAAAAAGCUUUCAGUUGAGGCUGUCUGCAGCUGAAUCCUCAAAGAAAUGUAUCUAACCGAAUAAACGAAAUCCCAUUCAGUGCAUAAACAAUUGAUACACACAGCAUUUACAGGAUUUGAAGCUUAUGCAUUUCAAACUGCCAAGGACAUGGAAUUGGCUGCCACAGACAGAAGCAUAAGUUGCCUCAUCUCAUGUACAUAGACAAGCCAUUAUUUGUCAAAAACAGCUGCAUACAUCAUUUCUUAGUCUUAUUACAAUAAGCUAAGAUUUUAGUCCUUAGAUACUGAUGUUUGAUUCUUGUAAUGUAAGCAUUUUGGUUGGUGGGGUUUCAACUUUGUAAAGCAUUUCUGGUGCUUUUCCUUUGUAAGAAUAAAAUGAAAGAGAAUAAUGCAUUUUUAUUAUACCA